AUGGCCGCUCCUGAGACGCCGCCGCCGACGCGGCGAGCACAGGCGAGCGAGCGCGUGGCGCGGGAAGUUUUGAACUUCAUGGCGGCCAUCGAGAGGGGGGAGUCCCUGGCGGUGGAGUUACCGUUACCGCCAGGAGCGGUAGGGCUAGGAGGCGCUGUUGGUACGAACGGCGGCGGUGGGGGUGGGCGCGCGGCUCCUGCGCUGGAGCAGGUGGUAAAGGACCUCCCGCGGAUACAGGUGGAAGAAAACAGCUGGGUGCUCCACCAGACGGUCCUUCGCCUGACUGGGGGGGGCGCGGGUUCCGAGCUGUCCAUCGAGGCCGUCUUCGCGCCAUUCUCGCCGCCGCCGUCAGAGAAGGUGCUCGGGCCGGUGGUGUUGUCGGUGCCGCCGACGGCAGACAAGGACCUCGAGAACGAAGCAGACGUCGAGGGAAGCGUGCUCCUCAUGGACCGAGGAGUGUGCACGUUCGCGUCCAAAGCUCUAAGAGCUAACGCGGCCGGGGCGGCCGCUGCCGUCGUGGUGCAGACGCACGACGUCUGGCCGUACGUGAUGGAGGACUCCAAGGGAGAGGCUGAGGCCGGGGGAGGGCUCAACAUUCCCGUGUGCAUGGUCAGCAAGGAGAAGGGCGAGGCGAUCAAGGCGGCGGUGGUUCGGUCAGCGGCGGAGGGAAAGACUAUCCGCGCGGAGCUCUCCGUGUCCUCCUCAGAGAAGGAUUGCAUCGUGUGCCAGGAACUGUACGCUGUCGGCAAUACCCUUGUCCGCCUACCGUGCGGCCACCUCUACCACGAGGCUUGCUUGUUGAAGUGGCUGAAACUGAGCAACACUUGCCCGUACUGCCGGAGAGAGCUGCCCUCCUCCAACGAGGCCGUCGAGAGAGCAAGGAGGAGCAGGCAGGCUGCGGGAGGAGCGGGAGGGGAGGAAGAGGCCUGGAGGACGUUCUUCGACUAGGCGCUUCAACACAAGAGCAAAAAUUAGUUAGCCUUAAAAUGUCCGUCCCACAGCAUCACCUGCAAGAUCUCGCUGGCGGGAUGGGCCGGAGAGCAAGAGAUGAAUGAAUCUUGGUACUUGGAAGUGUGUGUUUCGUUACUUGUUUGUUUAUUUUGUGACUUGUGUACUGCCGUGCUCUGCCGUGUACGUUCUGUAGUCUUGCAUGUUGUCGUAGAUCCGUUCUUCCGCCGGUUUCGCCUUCCUCCGAGGGGUGAUCGAAUCCGCCCGAAUCGAAACCCUGGUUGGUUUCCGGAACGAGAGAGGAUUCUAUAUACCGACCGCUCUUCUGUGAUUGUCCAUGUGUCCAUCCAUCUUGUUGACUUGUCUGUGUGUCUGUCAAGGGGUUGAAUUUCAUUGGUUUAUUUGUCACAGUCCGCCACCUUCUAUCAUCGGUGCUGCGUGUGUUUCCCUCCGUCUUGCUCGAGGGUCAACCAAGGGUCGGAAAGAAAAAAGCAACCUCGACCACACCACACUACAUCGAUUUCGCCUUCGUUUUGUUCAAGUUGGUGGGAGGCCGAAGAGGAUAAAAUUCGGGACCUGUGUUGGCUCUAUGUGUUUUGUCAUUAGGUCGCCUGACGAGUCCCAGAGUUGUUAAGUCGUUUCCGUCGUUAAAGCUUUUCUGUUUGGUUGUCUGACGGGACAGCUUGUACUCAUUCAUGGGUCACGUUUUUUUUUUUUUUUUCAUCUCCUGGCAGAACUGAUGAGCUGUCGCGCACGCUGCUCACCCAUAUGUGGCUGAGUAUUCAAGUGCUUGUGGUCAUACACCUUUGAUAACUUCGGCCCGGGGAGGGCGGGGGGGGGGGCGUUAUCGUGUUUUGCAUGCCUGGGGGGAGGGGAGGGGGGCGGGGGAGGGGUGUUUCCGUGGAUCUUGUUUUUGCGUCAUGUUCAAGGAAGCGAAAUUCGUAGGAGAAUCUCGGCAACCUAGAAAAACAGGUAUGUCUCUGCUUGCUUUUGUUCUUUUGUGUAGGGGGUCUACAAGGGUUAGGCAACAGAGCAGGGGGGGAGCGCGGAUGAGACUUGGGGAUUGCGGGGUUGUUUGCUAGCUCUUGGUAAAACAAGGGAGCACUAGCGCAUACCUGCUGUAAGAGCGGUGUAGUUAAGAGUGCAUUGAGGUGUGCUGUGCUGUCAAGACCCCUCUCCCGCUCCUCCGCAGUGUAUCUCCGAAAAUGUCCUCGUUGCUUUUUCUCAAUUUUCGCGUCUCAUUUUUAUCUUGUCGCACUUUUUGCUGGUGCUCUGAGCCCUGCAUGAUGCAGCACAUGGUAGGAUUUGACUGUUGUGCCAAGAAGCAGUGGAAGUGCUAUGCCACCAAGUGGAAAUAAACACUUGGAAGUAGUCGGUAGCAAACCGAGUGUGGGCCCUUCCGACAUCGCCGACCCGGCGUGCUGUUAUAAAUGGCAGGAGAUUUCGUAUGUUUGCCGCCGUAGCCUGCAAAUAUUUUGGCUUUUUUGGCUGGGGAGUACUAUACAAGCUGUACACGAAGUUGCUCCUGCAGGUAGGCAGGACUGAUGGUGUGUGUGUACAGGGUACUUUGGAGCUUGUGGACAGGCUCGUGUGCCAUAAUGGUGAGGAAAAUCAGAGCUUGCGGGGUAGCCUUUCCGGAUGCUGUGUGUGUGGAGCACGCGGGGAGUUGGAAGAGGUUUGAUUGUAGAAAGUUGUGGCUUUCCUUUUGUGUGUGUGUGGGUGGCGGUAUCAUUUUUGGUUCAUUUCUGCGUGCUUGUGCCGCGCCGACGGUUUUUCGAGCAUUACAUGGAGGAUUGAAAAACUCAUUAUGUUUUGCGGAUACAGCGAGUUUUAUUUUCCAAGACGCCUGCAUGUUGCACGCUGUAUGUGUUUGUUCGACGGCCAACGCUCGAGCGCUGUUGCGUAAGUAAGAAUAGCUCGUUGUACCUCAGUCGCUCACUUUUUUUCUUCACUCGAUCAUAGUGUAGAAGCGUACGAACGUAACUUUCAGUUGUUGCGGCAAAACGACGUUCGCCUUUUCUUGUGUGAGCACUGGAAGUAUCUUGGGGUAAGAAACGUGUUGGUGACCUUCCACCUUUUUCUUCCAGUUUUAUGUCUCCCUACGGUCUGCAUGUGUGUACUCUCCGACUUGAUUCUUCCGCUUCUGUUGCCGAAAGUUAGGGUCGACGCUGCCUAAGCACGUGAACGAUGGCCCUCGAGCUUUCGCUGCGAGAAUUAAUUUUUGCCCAUUCCCUUGGUAUAUGCAUGAGACAGGAGUGUUAAAUUUUCAUGGCGUUCCGUAGCUUCGAAGGGGGGGGUUGGGGGGGGGGGGGAUCAAUGCCCCAAAUCCGUUGCACAAAUUGUAUUCUUUCAGCACGCGUGCCGGAGAGUGUGGCGUCGUUUUUCUCUCGCCCGCGAGAGCUUGAUUUGAAAGAACGGUGUCGCGAUGGGUGCUUUUGUAUUCGGGUGUAUGCUCUCCGUAGGUAGGAAUGGAGCACGACGAGUGGACGGUAGCUCGUGGCGUUCCUCCCGAACUUCGCACACUCGUUCACUCGUUUUGUUUCAAUGUUGAAACACGGGGCGGGGGUGCAUAGAACAAUGCAAUGAUGGCCGUCGGUAACUUGUUCUCUUGUUGUGUUUGAUUCGGUUGGUUGAGCGCCAUGCAAGAAGAAGACAUAUUUUUGUC